AUGUUUCUGAACUUACGAGGUGACUUGGUUUCCUCGCAUCUUUAUCAAACUGAUCAUAACAUUCGGUAUUUUGCUGACACCUUUCGCAAGAGUCUUAUCACCACCCAAAAAUUUGAUCGGUGUCCUGUUAACAUUAUUAAUAAUAUCUGCUAUAUUCAUUUAGCGUUGAAUGAGAUUUUCAUUGUCAUUGUUUCAGAUGGAAACGAUGACUGUUUUUUAUACAUUCAAUACUUGGUCCGUUUACUUCAAAUUAUUCAGGCUUACUAUGAAUCGAUUAGUGAGUCCGUUAUCAAAGAAAACUUUGCAGCGAUUCAGGAAAUUGUUGACGAAACCUUAGAUUUUGGAUAUCCUUUUCUCACGGAGAAGGCGUGUCUCGUAGAGUUUAUUUCAAAUUCGGGGAUCAAAGAGAAUAUCUUAAAAAACCAAGGUGAGUCAGAUCGCAUCACACGAAAGAUCACCGGGGCGGUUCCUUGGAGGGAGGAUGAGUUAUAUUUCCCAAACAAUGAGGUUUUUUUAGACGUUUUUGAGGAUGUUAAUUUGUUGUUGUCCUCCGCCGGCGAUGUUCUCCAAAGUGAUGUUGUGGGGAAAAUCGUAAUGAAGAGCUUUCUGUCAGGGAUGCCGAAGUGUGAGUUAACCUUAGACACCUGUCUUUACAGUGACACAAUGGGAAAAAACCUCGAGGACGAUUCGUUAACCUUAAGUGAUGUUUCCUUCCACACAUGUGUUCGGUUUAACAAAUUAAGUGAGGCGCGGUACCUUCGUUUCGUCCCCCCUGAUGGCAGCUUCACCCUAAUGCAAUACCGCUCCAGUAAGGAUUUCAUCCUCCCUUUGACAAUCAACUCGCCACGCCUCACGGAGGUUUCCAAAACCCGUACGGAGGUUCAAUUUCACCUCAAAUCGGAUGCCGACCCCCAUCUGAACCUCAACAACGUCGAGGUGAUCAUUCCCUGUCCUGAAAACACGAUCACGGUGAACCUGCAGGUGCCCAAAGGACAGGCCAAGUUUCAGGUGUCGAAUUGCACCAUCGUGUGGAAAUUGGCGUCCUUAGGGGGUGGGGAGGAAAUCGCGUUUUAUGCUGAAAUGAGGCGGUUCUCCUCCACCGUGGAAAGUGCCCAUGUGCUGCUUUCACGACCACUUAUUAAUAUUGCCUUUGAUUGUGUUUCGCAUUCUAUCUCUGUGUUAAAGGUGGUGGGGCUUAAGGUUGAGGAACCAGUUUUAAAGUACAACUCGAACAAGUGGGUUCGCCACAUAUGUAAAGCUGGUAAGUACCAGUGCCAUAUUUAA